AUGUCCUUUUCUUCUUCUUCUUCUUCUUCUUCUUCUUCUUCUUCUUCCUUGAAUCACUUCUUCUCGUUUUGUCUCUCUUCUUCUUCUUCUUCUUCUUCUUCUUCUUCUCCUUCUCAACUUGUAUCACUUCUUCUCGUUUUGUCUUUCUUCUUCUUCUUCUUCUUCUUCUUCUUCUUCUUCUUCUUCUCAACUUGUAUCACUUCUUCUUCUCGUCUUGUAUCCCUUCUUCCUCUUUUUCACGUCUUGUCUCUCUUCUUCUUCUUCGCAUCUUGUAUCACUUCUCCUUCAUGUAUUGUCUCUCUUCUUCGUCUUCUUCCUUCUUCUUCCUUCUUUCUUGUAUCGUCUUGUAUCCCUUCUUCUUCUUUCUUCUUCUUCUUCUUCUUCUUCUUCUUCUUCUUCUUCUUCUCUCUUGUAUCCCUUCUUUCUUCUUCUUCCUCCUUCUUCCUUCUCGUCUUGUAUCCCUUCUUCUUCUUCUUCCUUUUUUUCUUCUUUCUUUCUUCUUCUUCUUCUUCUUCCCACUUCGUCUUGUAUCUUCUCCUUCUCCCUCUGUCUUGUAUCCCUUCCUUCCCUCUUCUUCUUCUAUCCCUUCUUCUUCUUCCUUCUUCUUCUAUCCCCUUCUCCUUCUUCCCUCUUCUUGUAUCCCUUCUCCUUCUUCUCCUCGUCUUGUAUCCCUUCUCCUUCUUCCUUCUCCUUUAUCCCUUCUCCUUCUUCCUUCUCGUCUUGUAUCCCUUCUUCUUCUUCCUCCUUCUUCUUCUUCUUUCUUCUUCUUCCUUCGUCUUGGUAUCCUUCUCCUUCUUUGUAUCCUUCUUCUUGUAUCCUCUCGUCUUCCUACUCGUCUUGUAUCCCUUCUCCUUCUUCCUUCUCGUCUUGUAUCCCUUCUCCUUCUUCCUUCUCGUCUUGUAUCCCUUCUCCUUCUUCCUUCUCGUCUUGUAUCCCUUCUUCUUCUUCUUCCUACUUGUCUUGUAUCAUUUCUUCUUCUUCUUCUUCUUCUUCUUCUUCUUCUUCUUCUUCUUCUUCCCUACUCGUCUUGUAUCCCUUCUCCUUCUUCCUUCUCGUCUUGUAUCCCUUCUCCUUCUUCCUUCUCGUCUUGUAUCCCUUCUCCUUCUUCCUUCUCGUAUCCCUUUUCUUCUUCUCCCUUCUUCCCACUUGUCUUCCCCCUCCUUCUUCCUUCUCGUCUUAUUCUUCUUCUUCUUCUUCUUGUUCUUCUCCUUCUUCCUUCUCGUCUUGAUCAUUAUCUAUCUAUCUAUCUAUCUAUCUAUCUCUAAUCAUUAUCUAUCAACCUAUCUAUCUCUGUCUGAUCAGUAUCUCUUUAUGUCAGAUCAUUAUCUAUCUAGAAUCAUUAUCUAUCUAUCUAGAGUCAUUAUCUAUCUAACUAUCUCGGUUCAUUAUCAAUCUCUUUUUAGUAUCUCUCUAUCUCUCUCUCUAUCUAAGUUAAUUUUCAAGUUUGUUCAUUUUUAUCUAUCUAUCUAUCUAUCUAUCUAUGUCCAUUCUUCAAUGUUCAGUAACUAUUUCACUAUCUAUCUAUCUAUCUAUCUAUCUAUCUAUCUAUCUAUCUAUUCUUCCAUUCUUUCAUAUCUAUCUAUCUAUCUAUCUAUCUAUCUAUCUAUCUACGUUUAUUUUAUCUAUCUAUCUAUCUAUCUAUCUAUCUAUCUAUCUAUCUAUCUAUCUAGGAUCAUUGUCUAUCUAUUUCUCUAUCUCGGUUCAUUCUCAAUCUCUGUUUGUUCACUCUCUCUCUCUCUCUCUUUCUCUCUCUCUCUAUCUAUCUAUCUCGGUUCAUUCUCAAUCUCUGUUCAGUAUCUAUCUAUCUAUCUAUCUAUCUAUCUAUCUAUCUAUCUAUCUAUCUAUCUAUAG